AUGGUCUUUGUGACCGUUACCCCUGCUCUGGAAACUCCCGGCGUGACUUUUCUCAAGUACCGGAGGCGCGGCGUGGACGGCAGCGCGGCGCUGGACAUCGUGCACCCGGUGCGCGUGGACGCGGGGGGCUCCUUCCUGUCCUACGAGCUGUGGCCGCGCGCGCUGCGCAAGCGGGACGUGUCCACACGCCGCGCCGCGCCCGCCUUCUACGAGCUGCAGUACCGCGGGCGCGAGCUGCGCUUCAACCUGACGGCCAAUGCGCACCUGCUGGCGCCCGGCUUCGUGAGCGAGACCCGGCGGCGCGGCGGCCUGGGGCGCACGCACAUCCGCGCCCGCGCGCCCGCCUGCCACCUGCUCGGCGAGGUGCAGGACCCCGAGCUGGAGGGCGGCCUGGCGGCCAUCAGCGCCUGCGACGGGCUGAAAGGUGUGUUCCAGCUCUCCAACGAGGACUACUUCAUUGAGCCCCUAGACGGUGUCCCGGCCCGGCCCGGCCACGCCCAGCCCCACGUGGUCUACAAGCGCCAAGCACCUGAGAGGGAGGCAGCGCUGGGUGACUCUGGGGCUCCAGGCACCUGUGGGGUACAAGUGUGCAGCCUGCAUGUGAAUGUGGCCGGCCUGUUUCACCACCCCAGCAUCGGGAACCCCAUCCACAUCACCAUCGUGCGCCUGGUCCUGCUGGAGGAUGAGGAGGAAGACCUGAAGAUCACACACCAUGCAGACAACACUCUGAGGAGCUUCUGCAAGUGGCAGAAGAGCAUCAACAUGAAGGGGGACGCCCACCCGCUGCACCACGACACCGCCAUCCUGCUCACCAGGAAGGACCUGUGUGCGGCCAUGAACCGGCCCUGCGAGACGCUGGGCCUGUCCCACGUGGCGGGCAUGUGCCAGCCACACCGCAGCUGUAACAUCAACGAGGACACGGGCCUGCCCCUGGCCUUCACCGUGGCCCAUGAGCUUGGACACAGCUUUGGCAUUCAGCAUGACGGAAGCGGCAAUGACUGCGAGCCCAUUGGGAAACGGCCUUUCAUCAUGUCUCCACAGCUCCUGUACGACACCGCCCCCCUCACCUGGUCCCGCUGCAGCCGCGAGUACAUCACCAGGUUCCUGGACCGAGGGUGGGGCCUGUGCUUGGAUGACUCUCCCAGCAAGGAUGUCAUCGACUUCCCCUCCGUGCCGCCCGGGGUCCUCUACGACGUGGGCCACCAGUGCCGUCUCCAAUAUGGGGCCUACUCUGCCUUCUGUGACGACAUGGAUAAUGUGUGCCACACUCUUUGGUGCUCCGUGGGGACCACCUGUCACUCCAAGCUGGACGCAGCUGUGGAUGGUACCAGGUGUGGGGAGAGCAAGUGGUGUCUGAACGGGGAGUGUGUUUCUGUCGGCUUCCGGCCGGAGGCUGUGGACGGCGGCUGGUCAGGCUGGAGCGCCUGGUCUGUCUGCUCGCGGAGCUGUGGCGUGGGAGUGCAGAGUGCUGAGCGGCAGUGCACACAGCCCGUGCCCAAGUACAAGGGCAAGUACUGUGUGGGUGAGCGGAGGCGUUUCCGCCUGUGCAACCUGCAGGCCUGCCCCCCCGGCCGCCCCUCCUUCCGCCACGUCCAGUGCAGCCACUUUGACGCUAUGCUUUACAAGGGCCAGCUGCAUACGUGGGUGCCUGUGGUCAACGAUGUGAACCCCUGUGAGCUGCACUGCCGGCCCUCCAACGAGUACUUCGCUGAGAAGCUGCGGGACGCCGUGAUCGACGGCACCCCCUGCUACCAGGGCCAGCCUGGCCACGACCUCUGCAUCAACGGCAUCUGCAAGAACGUGGGCUGUGAUUUCGAGAUCGACUCCGGCGCGGUCGAGGAUCGCUGUGGCGUGUGCCACGGGAACGGCUCUACUUGCCACACUGUGAGCGGGACCUUCGAGGAGUCUGAGGGCCUGGGCUACGUGGACGUGGGGCUGAUCCCGGCCGGCGCCCGCGAGAUCCGCAUCGAGGAGGUGGCUGAGGCCGCCAACUUCCUGGCCCUGCGCAGUGAGGACCCCGACAAGUACUUCCUGAACGGGGGCUGGACCAUCCAGUGGAACGGGGACUACCAGGUGGCGGGCACCACCUUCACGUACGCGCGCACCGGCAACUGGGAGAACCUCACGUCCCCCGGUCCCACUGACGAGCCUGUCUGGAUCCAGCUGCUGUUCCAGGAGAGCAACCCCGGGGUGCGCUAUGAAUACACCAUCCACAGGGAGGCGGACGGCCCCGGCCCGGUCGAGCCGCCCGAGUUCUCCUGGAGCUAUGGGCCCUGGACCCAGUGCACGGUGACCUGUGGCUCAGGGAUGCAGAGGCAGAGUGUGCACUGCACCGAGCGACAGGCGGGGCCCGUGGACGAGAGACACUGUGACCCCCUGGGCCGGCCCGAUGACCACCAGAGGAAGUGCAGCGAGGAGCCCUGCCCGGCCCGGUGGUGGACAGGGGAGUGGCAGCUGUGCUCUAGCUCCUGUGGGCCUGGGGGCCUCUCCCGCCGUGCCGUGCUCUGCGUCCGCAGCGUGGGGCUGGAUGAGCAGAGCGCCCUGGAGCCCCCCGCCUGCGCCCACCUCCCCCGGCCCCCCGCCGAAACCCCUUGCAACCGCGAUGUGCCCUGUCCGGCCACCUGGGCCGUG